CUCCUAGCCGGUCGAUUCCGCGUGUUUCCGGGCUGGGCCGCUGCGCUCUCCUGUGGGAAGGAGUCGCGGAGCCGGAGACCUAAAUAUGGCUACUGCAGAAGAAAGUUUCCCCCGAGGGGGUUCGAGAAAGAACCACAAAUCGGAGAAAGCGCCUCAACAAUUGGUGGAACAAGACAACUUAUUUAAUGUUUCUAAGGAUGAGGAGUCCACCAAAAGGAAAAAGAACCAGAAAAGGCCAACACAGAUGAAGAAGCUGAAAGUUGAAAAGAGAGAAAACAGCAAGCUUGUGAAAGAGAAGUUUGAACUCCUGGGUUUUGAGUCACUCUGUGAAGGGAUGCGGAUUUUGGGUUGUGUGAAAGAAGUUAGACAAUUGGAACUGGUGAUUAGUCUGCCCAAUGGCCUUCAGGGGUUUGUGCAAGUCACUGAAAUCUGCGAUGCUUAUACCAAGAAGCUGAGUGAGCAGGUGGCUCAAGAAGAACCACUGAAGGAUGUGUCUGGUUUGCCCGAACUCUUCUCUCCUGGGAUGCUGGUCCGAUGUGUGGUGAGCAGUCUGAGCAUCACAGAGAGAGGCAAAAAGACGAUCAAGCUAUCUCUGAACCCAAAAAAAGUCAAUGAAGUGCUCAGUGCGGAGGCUCUGAAGCCUGGCAUGCUGCUCUCAGGUAUAGUGUCCAGCUUGGAAGACCAUGGAUACCUGGUGGACAUUGGUAUUGCUGGAGCAAGAGCUUUUCUGCCCCUGCAGAAAGUCCAGGAAAGUACUCGGCAGAAGAACAAAGGUCUCACAGGUGUUAAUCUGAAGGUGGGUCAGUACCUGAACUGCACCAUUGAAGAAGUGAAGGGCAAUGGAGGAGUCGUCCGGCUCUGUGUGGGCCAGGCUGAGGUCUCUGCAGCCUUUGCUACUGAGGAGCAAAAAUGGACCCUUAAUAACCUGCUGCCAGGACUGGUGGUCAGAGCACAGGUGCAGAAGGUGACUCCACUUGGCCUUACACUAAACUUCCUCUCGUUAUUUACUGGCCUGGUUGACUUUAUGCAUCUGGAUCCCAAGAAAGCUGGGACAUACUUCUCAAAUCAGACAGUAAGGGCCUGUAUCCUUGCUGUCCACCCCAGGACCAGAGCUGUGCGGCUCAGCCUGCGCCCCAUCUUCCUGCAGCCUGGGCGCCCGCUCCCCCGGUUGUCUUGCCAGAACCUGGGAGCUGUGCUGGAGGAUGUGCCUGUCCAAGGCUUUUUCCACAAAGCUGGGGCCACCUUCAAGCUGAAGGAUGGGACCCUGGCCUAUGCCCGGCUGAACCAUCUCUCCAAUUCCAAGAAAGACUUUAAUCCUGAAUCCUUCAAGCCAGGAAACCUGCAUAAAUGUAGGAUCAUCGACUAUAGCCAAAUGGAUGAGCUGACUUUUCUUUCUCUGCGGACAUCUGUGAUUGAGGCACAGUACCUUACAUAUCAUGACAUCAAACCAGGGGCAUUGGUAAAGGGCACAGUGCUUUCCAUAAAGCCAUUUGGGGUGCUGGUGGAGUUGAGCAGGCAGAUUAAGGGCCUGGUGCCUUCCAUGCACCUGGCUGAUGUCCAGAUGAAGAACCCAGAGAAGAAGUACCAAGCUGGCAAGGAAGUCAAGUGCCGGGUCUUGCUUUGUGACCCUGAAGCCAAGAAGCUGUUGUUGACCUUGAAGAAAACUCUGGUGGAGUCCAAACUGCCUGCCAUCACCUGUUAUGCUGACGCUAAGCCUGAGCAACAGACACACGGCUUCAUCCUCAGGGUCAAGGAUUAUGGCUGCAUUGUCAAAUUCUACAAUGAUGUGCAGGGCUUGGUGCCGAGGCACGAGCUCAGUGCUGAGUACAUACAAGACCCCAAGAGACUCUUCUACCCUGGCCAGGUGGUGAAGGUGGCUGUGCUGAACUGUGAACCUGCCAAAGAGAGGAUGCUCUUAUCCUUCAAGAUGCUGAGUGACCCCAAGAAAGAGCCCACAUUACCUGGUCAGAACAAAAAGAAAUCCGUCUGCGUAGGCCAGUUGGUGGAUGUGAAGGUUCUAGAGAAAACCCAAGAUGGGCUGGAGGUGGCUGUACUGCCUCACAACAUUCGAGCUUUUCUCCCCAUCUCGCACCUCUCGGACCAUGUCUCCAACGGACCCUUGUUGCAUCAUUGGCUCCAGGAAGGUGACACACUUCAUAGAGUCCUGGUUCUGAGCCAGACAGAGGGACAUGUGCUCCUUUGCAGGAAGCCAGCUUUGGUCUCCACAGUAGAAGGUGGCCAGAGCCCCAAGAGCUUCUCAGAAAUCCACGUUGGAAUGCUGCUCAUCGGCUUUGUGAAAUGCAUCAAGGACUACGGGGUGUUCGUCCAGUUCCCUUCAGGUCUCAGUGGACUGGCUCCCAAAGCUCUCAUGAGCGACAAAUUUGUGACCACUCCAAGUGAUCACUUUGUUGAGGGGCAGACGGUGGUCGCCAAGGUAACCAACGUGGAUGAGAAGAAGCAGCGCAUGCUAUUGUCACUGCGGCUGUCGGACUGUACUCUGGGGGACCGGGCCUCCACCAGCCUCCUCCUACUCAGCCAGUGUCUGGAGGAGCGACAGGGCGUGCGUAGCCUCAUGGGCAACCGAGAUUCUGUGUUGAUCCAGACACUGGCUCAGAUGACCCCAGGGAUGGUCCUGGACCUCAAGGUGCAGGAGGUGUUAGAAGACGGCUCUGUGAUGUUCAGUGAUGGCCCAGUGCCGGGCCUGGUGCUGAGAGCCAGCCGAUUCCAUUGGACAGGACAAGAUUUGAACUCAGGGCAGAAGAAGAAGGCCGUGAUCCUCAACGUGGACAUGGUGAAGCUGGAAGUACAUGUGUCCCUGGCACAGGAUUUGGUGCAUUGGAAGGCUAAGAAGCUGAAGAAAGGCAGCAGGCACCAGGCAGUCGUGCAGUACUUGGAAGAGACCUUUGCUGUUGCCUCCUUGGCAGACACCGGCCAACUGGUGGCCUUCUCCCUGAUCUCUCACCUCAACGACACCUUCCACUUUGACUCAGAGAAGCUGCAGGUGGGACAGGGGGUCUCCCUGACUCUCAAGACCACGUGUCCAGGAGUCACUGGCCUCCUCUUGGCCAUCGAGGGGCCAGCUGCCUGUCGGACCCUGAGGCAGCCCCGCAAGGACUCAGAGACUGUGGAGGAGGAUGAAGAACUGGACCCGGCUCUGGCUGAGGGAAUGGGAAAGCAGCACACUCUGUCCAUUGGGGAUGUGGUCACAGGGACUGUCAAGUCCAUCAAGCCCACCCACGUGGUGGUAACCCUGGAAGGGGGCAUUGUUGGCUGUCUCCACGCCUCCCACAUUCUGGACGAUGUGCCUGAAGGCACCAUGCCUACUGCCAAGUUGAAAGUGGGGAAGACAGUCACUGCGCGAGUGAUUGGAGGCCGAGACGUGAAGACCUACAGGUUUCUCCCAAUAAGCCAUCCUGGAUUCAUUCAGACCAUCCCAGAACUGAGUAUUCGACCAAGUGACCUUAAGAAGGACAACCAUGAUGCUCUCAACAGUCAUUGUGUUAGCCCCUUGGAGAAGAUCAAACAGUACCAGGCAGGUCAGAUCGUGAUCUGCUUUUUGAAAAAGUUAAACAUGGUUAAGAAGUGGCUGGAAGUAGAUAUUAUGCCAGACAUCCGGGGGAGAAUUCCCUUGCUGCUCGCUUCUCUUAACUUCAAGGUCCUGAAACAUCCAGAUAAGAAGUUCCGGAUUGGCGAAGCCCUGAAGGCCACUGUGGUUGGCCCUGACUCAUCCAGAGCCUUCUUGUGUCUUUCUCUCAUAGGUCCUCACAAGCUGGAGGAAGGGGAAGUGGCCAUGGGCCGGGUAGCAAAGGUUACGCCCAAGGAAGGGCUGACCAUCUCCUUCCCCUUUGGGAGGAUGGGAAAUGUCAGCAUCUUCCAUGUGAGUGAUGCCUACUCUGAGACACCUCUGGAAGACUUCACCCCCCAACAGGUUGUCAGAUGUUACGUCCUGUCCACAGAGGGCCCUGAAUUGACGUUGUCUCUGCGAUUGUCCAGGACAAACCCAGAGACCAAAAGCAAAAUAACAGAUCCUGAGAUCAACUCCAUUCAUGCCCUUCAGAAAGGGCAGCUUCUGAGGGGCUAUGUGAAGGCCGUGCAGCCAGAGGGCGUACUCCUGAGCCUUGGGCCCUCUGUGGUUGGUUUGGCGCAGCACCCACACAUCUCCCAGCACCCACAUGCCUCCCAGUACAGCCCGUCCAAUGCAGAACUUUACAACCAAUACCUUCCAGAAGGGAAGCUGCUUACGGUCAGGAUCCUAAGCCUGAACCACCAGAAGGACCUAGUGGGACUGUCCUUCCUCCCCCAUGACACUGGGAAGCCCGACGUGUUCCCUGCCACCCCAGACCUGCCCCUUCCCAAGGCACCGGAGACGGAGCAAAAGGGAAGAGACAAGAAGCAGAAAACUCGGAAACGGAAAAAGCUGCAGGAGCAGAAGGUGCAGCGGGAGAAGAAGCGGUGGUGCCUGGACCCCAUGAGGCAGCAGGAAGUGGAGACGAAGCAGAAGAAAGCCUCCAUGUCCGAGGAAGAGGACAGUGGGGUGGAAGUUUACUACCGGGAGGGCCACGACGAGGUAGGCGAGAGGAGCACAUUGUCCAAGGAGAAGUCAGCCAGGCCUGCGGAGGUUCCCCGGCUGCAGCUGUCUACUGGCUUCAUGUGGGACGUGGGGCUGGACUCACUGACCCCAGCUUUGCCGCCCCGAGCAGAGAGCUCAGACAGUGAGGAGGACACGCAGUCGCAGAAGACCAUGAAGAAGAGCAAAAAGGAGCGGGUGCUGGAGAAGCGGCAGGCAGAGAAGGACCUGGCACGCCUUGAAGAGGCGCUGAUGGAUCCGGGCCGGCAGCCUGAGUCCGCGGACGAUUUUGACCGCCUCGUGCUCAGCUCCCCGAACAGCUCCAUCCUGUGGGUGCAGUACAUGGCCUUCCACCUGCAGGCCACGGAGAUCGAAAAGGCCCGGGCUGUGGCCGAGAGGGCACUCAAGACCAUCUCCUUCAGGGAGGAGCAGGAGAAGCUGAAUGUGUGGGUGGCUCUGCUGAACCUGGAGAACAUGUAUGGCUCCCCGGAGGCCCUGACAAAGGUGUUUGAGCGUGCUGUGCAGUACAACGAGCCUCUCAAGGUCUUCUUCCACUUGGCCGACAUCUACACCAAGUCUGAGAAAUUCCAGGAAGCCGGUGACCUGUACAAUCGGAUGCUGAAGCGUUUCCGGCAGGAGAAAGCUGUCUGGAUCCAGUAUGGUGGCUUCCUGCUGCGGAGGGGCCAGGCUGACGCCAGCCAUCGCACCAUGCAGCGGGCGCUCGAGUGCCUGCCUGCCAAGGACCAUGUGGAUGUGAUUGUCAAGUUCGCUCAGCUUGAGUUCCAGCUGGGAGAUCCCGAGCGGGCCAAGGCCAUGUUCGAGAACACGCUGAGCAUGUACCCAAAGCGCACAGAUGUCUGGUCGGUCUAUAUUGACAUGACCAUUAAGCACAGUAGCCAGAAGGAAGUCCGGGACAUCCUUGAGCGGGUCAUUCACCUGAGCCUAGCGCCCAAGAGAAUGAAGUUCUUCUUCAAGCGCUACCUGGACUACGAGAAGCAGCACGGCACCGAGAAGGAUGUGCAGGCUGUGAAGGCCAAGGCGCUAGAGUAUGUGGAGGCCAGGAGCUCAGCGCUGGAGAACUAGCGUCUCGGACUCUGAGCUGUGGGGCUGGCGGUGUCUGCAGACUCUUAAGUGCUGCUUUCUCGGCAGUACACUGGGGUGAUUCUAUAAGAAUGAAAUCUUCCCUUUUUGUAGACACAUUGGUACACUCUUUCCCUG